AUGGCUAUAGACUCGACUUCGCAGCCGCAGUCGCUCACGGAGCUCAAUGCCUGCACGACGACCUCGCACUCGCACUCGCAUUCGCAUCGCCCGGCCAAAGAUACCACGUUCCGAGAAUGGGUUGUCUCCAACCAGAUCGGUAUUUCUCUGACAACUCUGUCCAUGAUAUUGGCCGUCCACCAUCUGUACCCUUCGCUCUCUCCAUAUACCACUCCGUUCUUUCAGCUGUCGUACUACCAGCCGUCGCAAGGGCUGUAUAUCCAAGGUCGCGAUGAUGUCUACUUUGUCCUCAGCUCCGUACUUGCGUUCACCGCCGUCCGCGCUAUAUCAAUUGAGUGGGUUCUUCGGCCGAUGGCACUGCGGCUAGGGUUGAAGCGAAAAGAAUCGAUUCGAUUUGCGGAGCAGGGCUGGAUGUUCUUGUACUAUGCAGUCUUCUGGACCACUGGAAUGUACAUCUGGUCACAGUCGUAUUACUGGGGCGACUUCAGGGCAAUCUGGGCGGAGUGGCCUUCGCGGGGCGUCUCCGGCUCGCUGAAGUGGUAUCUCCUGGCACAGCUUGCCUUUUGGCUGCAGCAGAUUUUCGUCAUCCACGUGGAGGAGCGGAGAAAGGAUCACUAUCAAAUGUUGACGCACCAUUUAAUCACCAGCAGUUUGCUCACAUCGGCAUACAUCUACGGGUUCUACAACGUCUCUAAUGUGGUGCUGAGUCUGAUGGACGCCGUGGACCUUCUCUUGCCGUUUGCCAAAAUCCUCAAGUACCUGCGCUUCGAGUUGAGCUGCAACAUCGCCUUUGGCGUCUUCAUGGUCACCUGGUUGAUUUCGCGCCACAUCUUCUACCCAUUGCUCUGCUGGUCCAUCUUCAAGGACGUUCCCGCCGCAAUGUCAUAUGGCUGCUACUCCGGAACUACGGCGGAGAUGAUCUCGACAAACGGGUACCCCGACCAAAUCACCCACCUCUUCUACCCAUUCCUCGACAUCGACGGCCCGAUCUGCAUGAACCGCACGAUCAAAUGGCUCUUCCUGUCGAGCCUCCUCUCUCUGCAGGCCCUUUCCCUGAUCUGGUUCAGCAUGGUCGUCCGCGUCGCCGUCGGCGUUCUCCGCACCGGUAACGCCGAGGACACCCGCAGCGACGACGAAGACGAAGACGAGGAAGAAGUGGUCGGCUCGCCCAAGGAAAUCCCCACGGGCAAUGCCAUUCCCGCCGAAGUCUCUACGCCAGAAUGGCGCCGGUCAAAUGGCCACGUCCGGCCCCGCGGCCGUAGCGAUCGGAAGGCACUGCUCGGCCGCAUUGGGUGCGACAAGCCUACCUAA